AUGUCGUCUCGUUCAAGCUCGCUACCACCAUCAAACGCUGCAGGAGAGCUGAAGGAUUCGUCCGCAAUGACCUGGACUACGGCAACAUUCUCCUUUCCCCCAUGCCUCUCUCGCCCAGCCCGUGCACCAGCGCCUCUUCCUCGCCCGCGCUCUAAGUCCCGCGAGUCUCAAGCCUCCUCGUCGUUGGGGACGACUACUAGCCGAAUGAUUGGGAACAUACCCGGUUUCGAUGAUUUCGCAGAACUCGUUAUCUCUUCCGAGCGAGCCAUCCCCAGAGUAACCGUCACUCCCACGAGCGAUCACCCAUCUCCUCGGAUCAGUCGAUCUCUUCGUACACACCCUCCUCGUUCUAAGCUCUCAGAGCCAAAAUCCACUACCCCCGUUGUCCCAACCGAAACAGCCUCCCUCCCUUGGUCGAAGGAGGACAAUGAUGCUGGUCGUGUUACCUUUAUUUUCGGCCGUUUCCGGCCUUCUAUUGUACGACGAAGUGCCCCACCUUCCACACAAACAAAUCAGGGAAACCAAGUCCGCAGUCAGGACUUCGUAAACCUCCCAUCCCCUAGGGAAUAG